GCUUAAUUUAAGUCCAAAGUGGAUUAUAAAUAAUGUUGGCCCAAGAUAGGCCAUUUGCACUAACGACAUUUUGUUGACUAAAGUUGAAUUCAUAAUCUGAAAUAUGGGUUAAUUAAGGAUUAAAGAAAUCAAAUGGAACUGUUGAUUUUCGCAUACGAUACUUGCAUAAUGACGUAUUUGUGGCUGUUCAUAUACGUACUGUUUACAGUAUGUGUAUAUAAACUAUUCAGAUGGAUUCUAACACUACCUCGUAUAGGUAGUACUUCUGACAGAUAUGUGCUAAUCACUGGCUGUGAUUAUGGAUUUGGGAACUUGUUAGCUAAAAAGUUAGACAAGAUGGGGUGUCGAGUGUUUGCGUCUUGUCUAAGGAAAGACAGCGCCGACAAACUGAACGAGGAGACAUCCGAUAGAGUGACAACUCUCGAAAUGGACGUGUCCAGCCCGCAGAGUAUCCGAAGAGCUUUAGGUUUAAUACAAUACUGGUUACCAAAAGGGAAAGGGCUUUGGUCCAUUGUGAACAAUGCGGGGAUUUUAGGGCGGCCAGGGUUUAUAGACUGGCUCAACGUAGAAGACUACAAACACGUGGCGGAUGUGAACCUUUUUGGUUUGAUAGAUGUCACAAAUGUAUUUCUUCCUCUUGUAAAGAAGGAACGAGGGAGAGUGAUUCUGAUGAGCAGUUUCUUGGGAAGACUCAGCCUCCCGUGUUCUACGCCAUACGCUGUCACAAAGUAUGGAGUAGAGGCGUUUGCAGAUGGGUUGAGGUUUUCUAUGGCGCCAUUUGGGGUUUCUGUGCAUGUUCUUGAACCAGGAUUCCACAAGACCAACAUCGGAGAUACAAGUGUUAUAAAAUCAAAUAUUAAAGACUCGUGGGAAAGGUGUUCUGAUGAUAUCCGAAAGCAAUAUGGAGAUUCGUUUAUAGAUAAAAUGACUAAAGUUCUUGAUGGUCCAGGUGCGCUGCUGGUAGCCCACCCCAAACAUGUGGUUAACGCAUACAAGCAUGCAAUAUUUGGACUCUUCCCCAAGACAAGGUAUGUGGUGGGACUUGAUGCUAAUAUACUAGGGGUACCUCUGCCAUACCUCCCUGGGGCAAUCAGUGACAUGCUAUUGACGCUAUUCAUUCCUCAACCAAAUUGUAUCAUCUCCAUGGUUAAUAGCACACACUGAGCUAAAGAGGGUGCCAUCAGCACAGGACAACAAACAAUGCCAAAACUGCCAAAUAAAUUACUGGGUAUUGUAACGCCCGUCUAUAAGCCUGACAUCUUGGCUUUAAAAUGUGUAUUGAGAUUUUGAUCGGCCCAAGAGGCAACUUAGGAGAAUAUAUUCACACGUGAUAGCUAUGUCUACAUUAAUAAAAGGAUAUAGAGGUCUUUGCCAACUCUAGCUUUAAAAAAGGUUUUUAUUGCAAUGGCAAAAUAAAUAUUGUAAAAAAAUGAUUAACGUUUGGGAACUGAUACUUUGUGACAUUAGAAACAAAAUAUUGAUGUUUCACUGUGCAAUAUCCGGAUAGACCAUUUUAUUAACAAAUUGCUAACUUAGACACUACAUCAUUAAAGUUUGUACAUUCAUAUUUGUCUAGACUUACAGUUGCAUAAUGAUUCAACAAUUUCAGAUUAUAUAUUCAUAUUGCAGAAUUUAGUUCAACUACAUAUUUCAACAUCGCAUAAUCAAGUAUUUUGAUUAAUAUAAUUUUCAUAUUAUCUAUAUUUAAAUAAUUCAAUUGCACACUUUUAACAUAGGAGGGAACCGAGCAAUAAAGAGAGUCAAGAUGAAGUUACAAGAUUAUUUGUGGAUUUGCUUUUGCUAAAAUAAGCAGUCAAUAGACCAUUGCAAUUUUAAGUGAGAAACAAACAUAUCUAAAGAUAUGGCUUUUGGAUAUUUUGGACCGUAGAUGUGAUGUUUUGUGAUUUUAGGUUUCAUUUCUCAUGACAUGCUUCAAAAAUGAUAACAUGUCAGAAAACGAACAACACACAAGGAGCAACUGUGCGCAAAUCCGAAAUAACUUUGUAAAUUCAACUAUAACCACAUGCAACUUAGUAACCUGGGAUCAAUCAUAAUGCAUGCCCUAUUCAUAAACAACAUUAAAAUGUACCUGAAUGCCAUAAUUAUAACUAUUAUAAGUAGUCCCAUUCGUGUCUAAUAUGCACAUCCCAUGCCGUUUUUUGAAGGCUUAUAUAGUGACUGAUUUAAUAAUACAGUUGAACCUCUUAUAUCGAACAGCUCUGAAUUGUUCAUACUACCAGACCUUUCAUUUGAAGGCAGCAAAC